AUGUCCACUGCUCAAGACAAAAUCGACGAACCCUGGUUGGGGUUAUGCACACCAUUUAUGUGCCUCAAUCGCAAAGAACGACGACCCGAAGAUCAGCAAGAAAGAGAGUCACUUGGAGUAGUAAUGACAGGAGGAGAUACUGAUUACGACUCACUUGAGAGACUAAGUAGUGUUUGCGAUGGGUUGUUUCGUCUAGAUAAACAAGUGCUGCAACUAAAGUCUAGGGAAGCGUUUAUUCGCAGCUGCUUAACUGAUGCGGAACAGUUCAACAUAAAAAUUAUCGCAAAAGGUAUACGUGACACCGACGCCUUAGCAGCACAAAUAUCUAAGGAACAGUAUAUCGAUAAGGAGUCGCUCAUCGAUAUACUCUCGGGGUUGAAAUUGUCGCAAGAAUCGAAACUAGAAGACAGCAUUAAAGCCAUUACAUACCACUUAAUCAACAAGCUUACUGCCAUUCAACAUGAUCUCGAGGAUUCGCUUAGAGACUACGACGCAUUUCACAACUCGACCAUCGAUGAAUAUGAGAAUAUGCGUAAACGUUUCUUUGACCUUACAUUGAGUAGGAGCAAAGGAAAAGAAGGCAUCGACUUUUCAGUAUCCAAGGAAGAUUUCAUGUUUAUAGCCAACUCCAAAAACAAGACUAUGAUCGAUAUAAUAUUCAGCCUUCUUGACGAUGAUGGAAAGGGUGUUAUAGAUUGGGGCGCAUUUGAGCUGAAUAGUGGUAGGAUUUUAAAGGACGCCAAGGGGCUUGUGAAAACAUCGCAAAAGGCUGCAACAAAAACUGCUAUGGAUGGUAAUGCCACCAAUAAACAGCUGGAAUAA